AUGGAAGUUCUUUUACCAGCUUUGAUCAUACUUUCGAUAUCAAAUAUUUGCUUGGGAAAGGAAAUCGAUUUAAUUUCAAGAACGCAAUUUCUGAAAGAUGGGGAUACCAUCAUCUCAAAAGGUGGAACCUUUGUGAUGGGAUUUUUUAGUCCCACCAAUUCCUCAAACCGAUAUGUAGGAAUCUGGUACAAAAAAAUUCCUGUUCAGACAGUGGUUUGGGUUGCAAACAGAGAUGCUCCACUUGCUAACACAACUUCAGCAGCCUUGAAGAUUACCCUGGGAGGCCAACUUUCACUUCUUGGAGACAAAGGUCAGGCUGUUUGGUCCGCGAACACAUCAAGAUCAACGGUGCAAAAUCCGGUUGCAGAGUUGCUGGAUACUGGGAACCUUGUGGUGAGAGAUGCAGAUGAUGAAAAGCUGCAGAAUUUUCUGUGGCAAAGUUUUGAUUAUCCAACUGAUCAUUGGUUACCCGGAAUGAAGCUUGGGUGGAACUUACAGACUGGUCAUGAGGUUUUUUUUACAGCUUGGAAGGGUGAAAAUGACCCAGCUUCAGGCCAAUAUACACUGCACCUGGAUCCUGCUGGAUACCCACAACUUAUUAUCAAGAAUGGAACAGCUGAGGUUUUUAGCACAGGUCCAUGGAAUGGUUUGCGCUUUAGUGUAACAUCAAGUGAACAGAGCAGCAGCAACCUUGGCGCACAUGGACUGGUUAUAAAUAAAAAAGAGGUUUAUGUUUGGUAUAAUCCCAAUAAUGUUUUGGGUUUAAUUAGAUUUGUUGUUACAAGCAAUGGUAUUAUAAAAUCAUGGGUAUGGGAAGAUGAGAUGAACCAAUGGGUGAGUUAUCGUAGCCAACCAUCAGAUACUUGUGGCGCAUACGGUUUAUGUGGUGGAAAUAGUGUCUGCGACAGCCACAGGUUGUGUAUGUUUAGACAAUUUUGA